AUGGACUUCGUAAUGACCAUCGAAUCUGACGAUGAAUCACCACCUCAACGCAGAAGCAGCAAGAAGCAGCAAGUGGAUGAUGCCGCCCACCUGGACCCCGAUUUCCAGUUUGAUGUCGCUGGCGAUCCCUACAUUGAUUUUUUAGAGUUUGGAACACAGCAGGAGGACAUUGUGAAGAAGGUCUCUAAGCCGGAUCCUGUCUCAGUAGAUGAAAUCAUCGAAAGACGCAAACUCCAGACUCUCUCAAAAAGAAAACGCGAGCCAGAGACUGAGGAUGAAGCUGAGGACGAUAUGGAGGAAAGUGAUGCUAGCGGUGCGGAGGACUUCCCUGAAACGGAUGGUUCGGGCGACGAAGAUGACCCCCUUGCCAGUUCCGGCGAGGAAAAUGACGAAAGUGCCGAGUCCGUAUCUGAAGAGGACGAGGAGCAGGGUGAUAAUGUUGAUGUGGAAUCCAAGUCUUCGGAUGAAUCAGAAGAAGAGACUCAAGUCGAAAAGGAUCGCAAAGAAGCAUUCUUUGAUUCGGAGGCAGCACCUACGGAGCAUCAUGCAUCUUUUUUGACCAUGAAUCUUUCCCGUCCAAUUCACAAGGCGUUGGCCAAUCUCGGGUUCACUUCACCGACACCCAUUCAAGCCGCGACCAUCCCUGUUGCUUUGCUGGGCAAAGAUGUUGUCGGAAAUGCUGUCACAGGCUCUGGAAAAACUGCUGCAUUUACGAUCCCUAUGCUGGAACGGCUGCUAUAUCGAGAAAAGGGGAAGCAUGCAGCGGCAACUCGGUGUCUGGUGUUGGUCCCGACAAGAGAAUUAGCUGUGCAAUGUUAUGAGGUUGGUUCUAAACUUGCAGCACACACUGACAUUCGCUUUUGCCUCGUCGUUGGUGGACUUUCCCUCAAAUCGCAAGAAGCAACUCUAAGGACUCGCCCAGACGUCGUCAUUGCAACUCCUGGACGGCUUAUCGAUCACUUGCGUAAUUCCCCUUCUUUCGCGCUCGAUGCACUGGACGUUCUUGUUCUUGACGAAGCGGACCGCAUGCUUUCGGAUGGAUUUGCAGACGAGUUAGCUGAAAUCAUCAAAGCAUGUCCUGUUUCCCGUCAGACAAUGCUGUUUUCCGCUACAAUGACUGACACUGUCGAUGAACUGGUGAAGAUGUCUUUGAACAAGCCUGUACGACUGUUCGUAGACCCAAAACGAACCACGGCUCGAGGCCUUACUCAAGAAUUUGUUCGUGUGCGAACGGAGAAGGACGCAGACCGGACUGCCCUACUUGUAUCUUUAUGCAAGAGGACAUUCAGACAGCGCGUUAUCAUAUUCUACAAGAGCAAGAAGCUAGCACACCAGAUGCGCAUUGUUUUCGGUCUUCUUGAUAUGAAGGCCGAGGAAUUGCAUGGCGACCUCACUCAAGAACAGCGUCUCAAAGCUUUACAGCUAUUUCGCGAUUCACAAGUAGAUUAUUUGAUGGCGACUGAUCUUGCUUCUCGUGGGUUAGAUAUCAAGGGCAUCGAAACAGUCAUCAAUUAUGACAUGCCUAACACAUUGUCGCAAUACCUUCACCGAGUAGGUCGGACGGCCCGCGCAGGCAAGUCUGGUCGCUCUGUUACUCUAGUAGGAGAAGGAGACAGGAAAAUGCUCAAAGCAGCCAUCAAGCACAGUGCGGGGGAAGAUAAUGUUCGCCAUCGGGUUGUCCCUGCUGAUAUCUUUCCCAAAUGGGUCAAAAAAGUAGAGGCUCUCAGAGAUGAGGUCGCGACAAUUCUUAACGAAGAGAAAGAGGAGAAGCAGAUCCGACAAGCGGAAAUGGAACUCAAGAAGGGACAAAAUAUGAUCGAGCAUCAAGAUGAGAUUUUCUCUCGGCCUGCUCGAACCUGGUUUCAGAGCGAAAAGGAGAAGGCAAAGGCAGUUGCCACGAGCAAACAGCAGCAUGAGAGUGGAAUGGCACUCGCGCAAAAAGGGAAACGUAAGGCUAUUGACGAGCCUAAGGCAGGUUUGUUGCAUCAUUCACAACUCCUGUUUGAACCAUCCCUUCAGCCAAAAAGAGAUAAGUUUGCUGGUCUGACCAGGAAGGCAAAACGACGGAAGAUGGCAUUAGAAGCCGACAAGGAAUUAGGCGAGGCAGGUGCUGUGAACGCUGCCAUUCGUUCCGCAAAGAAAGCUGCUCGUCCCGCUAAGAUUGGGAUUCCAGACCACCGAAACGUACCUGUUUCAAAAAGAAGGAAGACGAAAAAGGGGGUAUCGAGAACUGGUGGUAAUACAUUUGACAGGGAUUUAUCAUCGAAGGCAGCAAGGGGUGAAGGGGUUCAUGCGAAGAAGGGAGACGCAAUCGGCGGGAUGGGCAAGCGCAAAGGGGGAAAACGGAGGGACAAAUAG